CUUACACUCCCUCCCUAUCUCAUCCUCACUGCUAUAUUUUUACAAACAACUUUAUAUUCAAGAUGCCCGACUACUCCUCCCUCAAGCACUUCAACGUGCACUUCCCCGCCGAGCACCAAUAUGUCGCCCACGUGGAGAUCAACCGCGCCGACAAGAUGAACGCCUUUUUCGAAGCCAUGUGGCUCGAACUUCGCCACCUCUUCGACACCCUCUCCACCGACCCCUCCGUGCGCGCCAUCGUCCUCUCCGGCGCGGGCCCCAAAGCAUUCACAACCGGCCUAGACGUCAAAGCGGCCUCAGAAGGCGGCGUCCUCUCCGCCGAAGGCGACGCCGAUACCGCGCGCAAAGCGGCCCAACUCCGCCGCUACAUCGGGACAUUUCAAGACUGCAUUACAUCGCUCGAGCGGUGCGAGAAGCCCGUCAUCGCCGCGAUGCACGGCUUCGCGCUCGGUCUAGCCGUUGAUAUUGCCACUGCAUGCGACGUGCGGCUUUGCGCGCGCGACGUGCGCUUCGCCGUGAAGGAGGUGGAUAUUGGGCUUGCGGCUGAUAUUGGCACGUUGAGUCGGUUGCCGAAGGUUGUGGGGAACUACGGGUGGGUGAAGGAGGUUGCGCUGAGCGCGAGGGUGUUUGGGGCUGAGGAGGCUGAGCGGGUUGGGUUCGUGAGUCGCGUGUUUGGCGGCAAGGAGGAGUUGGUGGGGGGUGCGUUGGAGGUCGCUGGGUUGAUUGCUAGUAAGAGUCCUGUUGCUGUGCAGGGGACGAAGGAUAUUUUGAAUUGGUCGAGGGAUCAUCCUGUGAAUGAGGGUCUCCGAUACACCGCAGUGUGGAACAGCGCCGCGUUACAGACCAACGAUGUGUCCGCGGCAAUGUUAUCAGGGAUUCAGAAGCGGAAGCCGACUUUUGAGAAGCUGUAAGCUUUUCUAUUGUCUUUUUGUCUCAUGGCGAUGAACUUAUAUACACACUACUCCGCACGUACAUACUAUACGUACACACAUACUAUAUAGGAUUGGCUUGUCUG